GUAUUCUAACACUAAAAUACCCAAUCGAACAUGGUAUAAUCACUAACUGGGAUGACAUGGAAAAAAUCUGGCAUCACACAUUCUACAAUGAACUUCGCGUCGCUCCAGAAGAACAUCCUAUUUUAUUGACUGAAGCACCACUUAACCCCAAGGCCAACAGAGAGAAAAUGACUCAAAUCAUGUUUGAAACCUUCAACACACCCGCCAUGUACGUGGCCAUUCAAGCUGUACUAUCCCUUUAUGCAUCUGGUCGUACCACUGGUAUAGUACUGGAUUCAGGAGAUGGCGUUUCUCAUACAGUACCUAUUUAUGAAGGUUACGCUCUUCCUCAUGCUAUUCUACGUCUCGACUUGGCUGGUCAUGAUUUAACUGAUUACUUGAUGAAAAUCUUGACUGAAAGAGGCUACUCGUUCACCACAACGGCAGAGAGGGAAAUCGUCAGAGAUAUUAAAGAAAAACUUUGCUAUGUUGCUUUGGACUUUGAACAAGAAAUGGCCACUGCGGCUAAUUCAACAUCUCUGGAAAAGAGCUAUGAACUUCCCGACGGGCAGGUUAUUACCAUCGGUAAUGAAAGAUUCAGGUGCCCAGAAGCAUUGUUCCAACCUUCAUUUUUGGGAAUGGAAUCUUGUGGUAUACACGAGACUGUUUAUAACUCUAUCAUGAAGUGCGAUGUUGAUAUUCGUAAGGAUCUUUAUGCUAACACGGUACUUUCCGGAGGUACUACAAUGUAUCCAGGUUAGUUUACUUAAAUCUAAGACAGGG